AUGGCGGAACCAACACCAACACCAGCAGCAGCAGCAGAGCAAGAUGUUAAGAUGGAUGAAACAGAGGCUACCCAAGCUACUCCGGUUCCACCAGCCACCUCCGCCGGUAUCGCCUCGCGUAAACACGCCGCGAAAGAAAGACAAGCACGUCAGAAAUACGAUCAAUCGUAGGUACGAAACAUCACCUUCAACAGUCAACCACCUCCAAUGCCGUAUACUAACUCCAUUUUUUCCUGUAGCGAAUACACUCCCGAGCUAGACGAGAACGGACAGCCGCUCCCCAAAUCGCAACGUCAGCCCAAGCGCAAAGUGGCCGUGAUGAUCGGCUACUGCGGCACCGGCUACAACGGCCUCCAGAUCCAGCCGGACCCCGCCACCAAGACCAUCGAGCGCGAUCUCUACGACGCCAUGCAUCGCGCCGGCGCCAUAUCCCGCGAGAACGCGCUUGACUUGAAGAAAUCCGGCUUCCAGCGCACAGCACGCACCGACAAGGGCGUCCAUGCCGCGGGAAACGUCGUGAGUCUCAAGAUGAUCAUCGAGGAUGCCCAGAUUAAGGACAAGAUCAAUCUGCAUUUGCCCGAGCAGAUCCGGGUGUGGGGGAUCCAGCGCACGACUAAAGGUUUCGAUUGUCGCAAGAUGUGCUCGUCGCGUGUCUACGAGUACUUGUUGCCGUGCUACUCGUUGUUGAAACCGAGACCCGGCACGCGGUUGAGCUCGCUUAUUCGCGAGGCCCAAAGGGAGCACCCGCGGGAGAUGUUCAUGGAUGAUGGCGGCGAGGGCGACGCGUGGUGGGGUGGGGUCCAGCUGGAAUUGUUGCAAAGCGGCAUCACGCCAGCGCAGCUCGAGUCCAUGUCAUCCCUCAUAGACGAGGAGUCACUGGAAAGUUUGGACAGUAGCGAUCCCAUAUGGCGCAAGGUCAAGCAGAUUGAAAACCAAGCGCGCCGCUCGUAUCGCAUCUCGCAUCACCGUCUCGAGGCGUUCAAACUCGCCAUGGCGCAGUAUCAGGGAACGCACAACUUCCACAACUUCACGGUGGGCAAACCGCACCACGACACCAGCGCACGCCGCUACAUCAUCUCCACCGACGUAUCUGACCCCUUUGUGAUUGACGGCACCCAGUGGGUCUCGAUCAAGAUCCACGGACAGUCGUUCAUGUUGCACCAGAUCCGCAAGAUGAUAUGCAUGGCGGCGCUCGUCGUGCGCUGCUCCCUCCCACCUGCCAAAGUCAUCCCCAUGUGUUUCCAAAAUGCCAAGAUCAACAUCCCCAAGGCUCCAGCGUUGGGGUUGUUAUUGGAGAACCCCGUGUUUGACGCGUACAACGUCAAGCUUAAGGAUAAUGCCUACGAUGCCAUUGAUUUUGGCAAGUAUCACGAGGAGAUGUUGGCGUUCAAGAUGAGGCAUAUCUACGAUAAGAUCUACGCUGAUGAAGUCAAGGAUAACACGUUUUAUCUGUUUUUCGGAUACAUUGACAAUUGGCGAUUGCCUGACACGGAGGACGCGAGGGGCAAUGUCACGACGAUAUUCGAUUUCUUGCAUAAUUAUCUUGAGCUGGCCGAAAAUGAUGACGCAGAGCCAGUUGAAGGUAACACAGUGGACGGUAACACAGUUGACGGUAAAGAGGAUGAGAAGAAAGAUUGA